AUGCUGCAGCGCACAACAUCCCAUGCAAAGACCCACAAAAUGGCAGCCAUACGGGACCGUAAAUCUGGCUCCACAUGCUCAGAAGCAAACUCAGAGGAGCAAGCUGACACCCAGGUCCACACCGCAACAUCAGAUGCCAUGACAAACACUGAGGCACAAGCUCCAGCUACAAAGCAGGACAUCCAGGACCUCCUACGUAAUAUGAGGCAGAUGUUCUCUAAGGACAUUGAUUUAGUUAAAACAGAAGUUUAG